AUGAGCUCGAGUGUGAAGGUGGAUGACCUCCGGGAGGAGCUAGAUAAAAAGACCUACAACAGAGGCACACCCGAUACGGCAUUUAUCUCAUACGAUAGAAUCCAAGAGGUAUGGGGUGGAGAUCGUCUCGCGCGUUUCUUAAAGGCCCACGCGGAUGAGUCUAUUCCACCCGAGGAAAUCGAGAUCGCACAGACUAGCUUGCUUCGCAUGAUUUCUCUUCUGAUUGCUAUUCAUUGGGAUGGAUGGUCAAGGUUCAGACAAAUCUUCUUUCUACAUCCCGAUGCUCCUGCCAAACGCCGCGAUGAUAACAUCAAGAGCUUGGACGAUGAAACCCUAAAGCACAAAUCAUUUCUGGGCGACACCUCUUUCCCAGGGAACUUCAUCACGAAGAAAUGGACCUAUAUCCCUGUGACCCUAGAUGGUUAUUCACUUGUACCCCACGACCAAGGUACACGCCUACCCUUAGUGCGAGACAAUAAUUGGCUCAGAAACGGUGGGUUUGGCGAGGUGACCAAGGAAAUGAUACCACGCAACCACAUUGUCUUCAAACAUUUGAACGACCACCUUGGUCUGUACACAGAUCAAGCCAACUCUGCUGAACUCAUGGUUGCUCGGAAGCGUUUCCGGAGUGGGCGUUAUGAAGUCGAGAUCAAACUAUUGAAAUUUAUCCAGUCCAGCUCAUCCAGCCAUAACCGAAUUGUUUACCCCCUUGCGAUAGUCAUAGUUGAUCAUGAUUUGAACAUCAUUACCCCUUGCGCGACUAUGGAUUUGGAAGACUUCCUCUCUGAAGGUUACCAAUCGAUGCAUUCAACCGAGUAUUCGCUCCGAGAUCUGCUUAACGAGUCCUGUGAGCUCGCUGCCGCACUUGAAUUCCUACAUCGGGGCCUCCAGGCUAAAUGUGACUGGCUUGAGUUUCAACACCAAGCACUUUGUCACGCGGACUUUAAACCUCGAAACAUUCUGGUCUAUAAACAGGCCGGUUCGCCAACAGGAAUUUGGCGAAUCACUGAUUUUGGUGUCUCUCGAGUAGCAAGACGCAGUAUAUCGGGGGAGGCAAGGUAUGAAUCUGACUUGUCUACUGCCCAACCUUCAGUCCCCGCCCCUGUUGGUGGUAUAUAUCAAGCACCAGAUGAACAUGCCGGACGAAGAAGCGAUAUUUGGUCUUUCGGGUGCAUUCUAGUCCGGGUAAUUGCCCUGGGCCUUAACCAUGGGCGUCAACAACCUGGCCGCGAUUCUUGGAGAGAUAUGCCAGUGGAAAGGCCGCCUGUUCCAAAUCGUUACUACACAGAAAAUCCUCUCGCUCUGGACCAGAGUGUGAAGGAAUGGAUCAUGGUCCUGCCAGAACAAUAUCGUGAUUCAUAUAACCUGCAAUUCUUGCACGAAAUCCGGGAUCUUCUUCUUUCAAUGCUUCAAAUACAUUUCAGCAACCGACCAUACGCAGAUGAGGUUCACAUCCGCUUACACAGGCUUUGUAAGAUGCCUAUGGAUCCAACACCAGCCUUUCUGAGCCCUCGUUUAGCACCGUCUGCCACUGCCAUUCCGCCUGCUGCUGCCAUUCCACAUGUCACUGCCAGUCCGUCAGCCACAUCCACCCCAAUAACCACUCCCAAUACACCUGGAACAUCCCGAGGAAGUACUUCCACGACGAGAACCGUCGAUCAACUGCGGGAUCCAUUUGAAAUCGAUUUCCUCGUGGAAAAAAUAAAGAGUGGAUCAGUGGUCGUCGUUGAGCAAUUUCUGCGAAGCCGACCUGAUCUAGAUAUAGAACAACACUGCGGGGGAAACCGGCCUUUGAUCCACGCUAUUGAAAGUGGGAGUGCCGGUAUGAUAUUUGUUUUGUCGAGGCACAAGCAGACUCUGGAUGUGGAAAGUCGCUCAUCGCAAGAAGAAACGCCCCUCAAUCUUGCCGUGUUGAAGGGUGAUUUUGACAAGGUGAAGAUCAUAAUUGACAUCUUGGUCCGACAUGGCUCUGAAGCUUGUUUAAAUGAAAUUUCUCAGGCCGGAAAGACACCGCUCAUGGAAGCAGCUUCUCAAGGUCACGUUGCUAUGGUUUCAGAGCUUUUGAAGCAUGGUGCGAAACCCACAAUAUUCGAUGAAGACGGACUGAAUUGUCUGCAUUAUGCAGUCGACAACAUUGAGUCGACCGAAGAUCUUCUCAGAGCGUUCAAAGGAUUCAUGCAUUUCGAUCAUUCUCCACCCGAAAGCAAACCCGGGUAUGAGACGCCUAUGAUGCGGCACAUAAGCCACGGAAUUGACGGAGCCUAUGGUGCCUUGGAUAUUAACCCUCUGUGGGAGAAGAAGUUCCACGUGCUCCUCAGUGGGAAGGCAAAUGUCAAUAAACGUUACCCGAUAAAGAGCCCCUUGCAACUUGCUAUAGCACAGAAUAAGGUUCAUAUUGCGGAACUGCUUCUCAAGGCCAGGGCAGUCCUUCCCCAUGCGGAGAAGGGAACGACAAAGGAAAUGCAAAAAAUGCUUAAAAGAUGGAGAAAAUGA